GGGAUACCAACCGUACUGUUAAAUAGAAAUGUAAUUGCAUACCAAAAUUCGUAGCUUGAGUGCUUUUCUUAUAAUAAAACGUAAUUUACAUUCGAAACAUUUCCGUGGACGUUACCAGUGAGUAGCUGUGGUACUCUCAGAAGUGUAAGUGCGCGAGUUUAAUUUUCCGUAUCAUAAUAGCGAGAUGAGUUCUAGUACAUGCUAUAGGUGCAAUCGCACUGGUCACUUUGCUAGAGAAUGUCCAGAGGGAGGAUCUGGCGGUGGCGGAGGAUAUGAGCGACGUGGAGGCCAACAGAAAUGUUACAAAUGCAACCGAUUUGGGCAUUUCGCACGUGAAUGCAAGGAGGACCAGGAUAGGUGCUACCGCUGCAAUGAAGCCGGACACAUCGCCCGGGAUUGUCAACAAAGCCCCAGUGAUCCAUCAUGCUACAACUGCAACAAGACGGGGCAUAUUGCCCGAGAUUGCCCUGAGUCAGCAUCCAUGGGCCCAUGUUGCUACAACUGCAACAAGUCAGGGCACAUUGCUCGUGACUGCCCAAAUUCAGCCAGUAAGGCAUGCUACAGGUGUGGCAAGACUGGCCACAUAAGUCGUGAAUGCGAUCAGGAUGAUAAUUAGAGAACUCUGUUGUAUAAAAGCUGUUGUUUGGGGGUACACUUUUACUUUCUUUUGCCAUAUAACCAUAUUUUCAGUAAGGAUUUACAUAGGUACCAAGAA